AUGGCACCACGUCUGUUGAACAAGAUAUGCCUCAUCACCGGUACAGGCGGUGGCAUGGGACGUGCAGCAGCCCUCAAGUUUGCCCAGGAAGGCGCCAAAAUCGUCGGCUGUGACAUCAACAUCGUGACCGAUGCAGCAACCGUCAAAGCUGUACGAGAGCUCGGCGGUGAAAUGAUAUCACUGGCCCCAUGCGAUCUCACAAAACGUGAAAACUGUGAGCAACUGGUCAACCUAGCUAUCAAGACCUAUGGACGCAUCGACGCGCUGUACAACAAUGCGGCUAUGGCUUACAUGAGCUGGCUCGAUGAAGCCAAGGAUGAUGACUGGUACAAAACAAUUGAUCAGGAGUUAAACCUCGUCUACCUAUUGACUCGUGUGGCAUGGCCACAUCUGAAGAAGUCUGGUGCAUCCAUCAUCAACGUUGGCUCUUCCAACGGCUGGAUUGCAAUCCGUCCAGUGCCUGCUAUUGCCCACACAGCUGCAAAGGGUGGUGUCAUUGCCAUGACACGCCAGUUGGCCAUGGAAGGGCGUGAACACGGUAUCCGGGCCAAUUCAAUCUCACCGGGCCUUAUCGAGACUUUGCAAACUGCACCUUUGCUUGUGGACCCGGAGUGGACCGCAAAUGUGAUGCAGAAGAUUAUGCUUGGACGCAGCGGUCAGCCAGAAGAGAUUGCGGCUGUGGCUAGCUUUCUUGCUUCAGAUGAGAGCUCCUAUAUCACUGCUGCAGAUAUUCGGGUCGAUGGUGGUAUGACAGCCUGGUAG